GGGUGGACCAGGUGAGAGGAGACACUCCUGCUUUCAUUUGGGAUCUUUGGUUGCCGGAUAGUUAUUUGUUUCGUAAAGCGAGAUGGAGGUCCGUCUGCCGAGGUUGUCGCGGGUCGCCGUCUGCGGCGGUACCCAUGGCAACGAGCUCUCCGGGGUCUACUUGGUGAGGGAGCUGCUGAGGACGGCGCCGGGCGCCGAGGCGGGUGGGGACGCGUCCGUGCAGGCGGUGCUGUCCAACCCGCGCGCCACCCAGCUGUGCCGCCGAUACCUCGACACCGACCUCAACCGAUGCUUCACCCGCGCCGCCCUCAACGGCCCCGUGUCGGACGCGGCCCCCUACGAGAUGACCCGAGCCCGGGAACUGGACGCCCAGCUGGGACCCAAAGGGAGUGAGCGAGCCGUGGAUCUCGUCUGCGACCUCCACAACAGCACGUCCAACAUGGGCCUGUGCGUCAUCGCUUACUCCGACUGUGACUGGAUCUGCUUGCAUAUUUUCCGAUACCUGCAGAGGCAGAUGCCAAAUAUACCAGUGAGGUACAUACAUUUUGACCUCUCCGACGAGGAGUCAUUUUCUCUUGAUUCAGUGGGAAAACACGGUUUUGCUCUGGAGAUCGGCCCGCAGCCUCACGGCGUGGUGAGGUCCAACAUUUACACGGCCAUGAAAGAAGGUCUGCAGCACACGCUCGACUGGGUGCGUCUCUUCAACUCGGGCACCGUUUUCGACGGCGGGCCGGCGGACGUGUUCACCAUGGCCGGCCACGUCGACUACCCGAGAGACGGCGACACUCGCAACAUCACGGCGGCGAUUCAUCCUCAUCUUCAGGACCGAGACUUCUGCCUGCUGCUCCCCGAGGACCCCGUGUUCCAGACGUUAUCGGGCCAAACGCUGCGCUACAAGGGCGGCGAACCUCUUUAUCCCUUCUUCAUCAACGAGUGUGCCUAUUACGAGAAGGGCGUGGCGCUCUACCUCGCCAGGAAGAGGAGCGUGACCCUCCCGACGCUGCGGGUGCACAAAGAGGGGCUUCCGGCUAACUUUGUGUCGGAAAAAGAGGAGGAAUGAGAGGAGGGGAAAAAAAACAACAACACUGUGGAUGCUCAACACAAAAAUGCAAAAAAAGAGGUUUUAUUUAAUAAGAACAACACGUACGCUCAUAUUUCACACACACAAAGUACAGGUCGCAUACAUAUUGAACCAACAUUUGUCAUUAAAUAUCAUGUCAUUAAAAAAAAAAACAAAAAAAAACUAUCUACUGAUUUAGGGGCUAUUUUAAAGCAUCCAAAAAACAACUACUCCGCUACAACCCGCACCUUUUAAAAAUAAUCGAGCAGCAGCUGUAUCGCAAUAUGGCCAUGAGCGUACAUUCAUAAUGUGCUGUCCAUUCAAUAUAUUCGCUGGCAGCAAAGUAGUUGAGUUCAGCGCGUUGACACCAAUUGUGGAAGAGCAAAACGAAAAUGGGAAAUAUGGAACUGAGAAAAAAAACACAAAGGAGCACAAGUUAAACCGAGGACUAAUACUGACAAAAUUGUAAGAAAAAAAACAUUCAAAAACAAUGAAUAGAUACCAACUUGGUUCACAAAGUAAUGUACAGUUGCAAAUUGUGUAGCAAACAGCUCGGGCUGCUCUGAAAAGACAAAAAUCCAAAGAAUAAAAAGGCAGGAUUUCCCAUGUGUGCACCUAAAUUCAGCAAUACGUUUUUUUCCCCCCACUUUAUUCACAACACUGUGCUCCCCCCCCCCCCCAAAGAGUGUUUUUCUUAAAAAAUACAACUUUAUUCUGGUAACUUGAUUUCGUUGUUGCUUUUUUCGUUCAGUCGUUUCAUUCUUGUAGGAUUUUGACUUUUCGCCAAAUGAAGACACUUCCCUUUAUAACACAAUGCAUUUCCUCAAUAAUACCACUUUUUUAUUUUACAUAUUUUUUUUCUGAUUGGAUGCUGACAUUUUACAAACUAAAAAUGCGACUUCAUUCUUCAUUUUGUUGAAAUAUUACUGUUCUUAUGUUACGCCUUUUUUUGUCGAAAAAUAUCCAUCUUCUCAUCGGCUUGACUU